GAGGGCGCACUCCAACCUUAUCCCGCGGUGUCCCGCCGUCCGCACCUGCCGCUUGCACCUUGCAGCCCAGAGCGCAGCAGCCCGGCCUCAGCAUGACGGACCAGGCGGCCUUCGACACCAAUAUCGUCACCCUAACCCGCUUCGUCAUGGAGGAGGGCAGGAAGGCCCGCGGCACCGGCGAGAUGACCCAGCUGCUCAACUCGCUGUGCACCGCGGUCAAAGCCAUCUCCACCGCAGUCCGCAAGGCGGGCAUCGCGCACCUCUAUGGAAUUGCUGGCUCCACAAACGUGACAGGUGAUCAAGUGAAGAAGUUGGAUGUCCUCUCCAAUGACCUGGUUAUUAACGUGUUAAAGUCAUCUUUUGCCACCUGCGUUCUCGUGUCAGAAGAAGAUAAAAACGCCAUAAUAGUAGAACCUGAGAAAAGGGGUAAAUACGUGGUCUGUUUUGAUCCCCUCGAUGGAUCGUCGAACAUCGACUGCCUUGUGUCCAUUGGAACCAUCUUUGGCAUCUACAGAAAGAAUUCAACUGAUGAACCUUCUGAGAAGGACGCACUGCAGCCAGGCCGGAACCUGGUGGCAGCUGGCUAUGCGCUCUAUGGCAGUGCCACCAUGUUGGUCCUGGCCAUGGUGAAUGGAGUCAAUUGCUUCAUGCUGGACCCGGCCAUCGGAGAGUUCAUUUUGGUGGACAGGGAUGUGAAGAUCAAAAAAAAGGGGAGCAUUUACAGCAUCAAUGAAGGCUAUGCCAAGGAGUUCGACCCUGCCAUCACUGAGUAUAUCCAGAGGAAGAAGUUUCCCCCAGACAACUCAGCCCCCUACGGGGCCAGGUACGUGGGCUCCAUGGUGGCCGAUGUCCACCGCACGCUGGUCUAUGGAGGGAUCUUUAUGUACCCAGCAAACAAGAAAAGCCCCAAAGGAAAGUUAAGACUGCUAUACGAAUGUAACCCGAUGGCCUAUGUCAUGGAGAAGGCAGGAGGACUGGCCACCACUGGGAAGGAAGCUGUGCUGGACAUCGUUCCCACUGACAUCCACCAGAGGGCGCCAAUCAUCUUGGGGUCUCCUGAAGACGUGACUGAGCUCUUGGAAAUAUAUCAGAAGCACGCAGCCAAGUGAAGAGGGGGCCUUGCCCACACCAAAGAGAAUUGCCUUUUAUUUGGACCUUUUCUCUUGCACGGUGCUACCUUAUUCUGGCAGUGCAUCAUACAUUCCUAGACACAGAAAUUAAAAAGUAUAGAUAUUUUUACCAUC